AUGUUCUCCUUGAUCCCCUUUAUCGCAAUCGCAGCAGCUGCACAUAUUACCACGAGUGGUUUAAACUCUAUGCCCGCAACGCCCUCAACGCAUUCACUCAACUACGACGUCAACCCACUUACAAUCUCGCGUCAUCGUCGUCAGACAGGCGCCAAACCACGUCUUCCUGGGAUUGAGGAAGCUAAUCUAGUUUCAACGCAGCAGCCAACGAUGAGCAACGACGGGAAUAUCGUUCUCUACGCAAGAUCACCAAAUAAAUUGCCAUUGGUUGAAGAAAUCAAUAUUCAAUUUGAACAAGGUCCAAUGAGAGGGGGUAGAGUCAUCAGAUCGCAGCGUAAAAACGGUGGUAUUUUCCAGUCUCACACCCACCACAACAAGGCCCCAGCCCAGCUCCGUACUUACGACUAUGCUGAGCGUAACGGCUACAUCCGUGGUAUAGUCAAGGAGAUCAUCCACGACGCUGGCCGUGGUGCUCCUUUGGCUCGUGUCGUUUUCCGUGACCAAUACCGCUACAAGCUCCGUACCGAGACCUUCAUCGCUACCGAAGGUCUCUACACCGGUGCUUUCGUCUACUGCGGUAAGAAGGCUGCUCUCGCCGUCGGUAACGUUUUGCCUGUCUCCCAAAUGCCAGAAGGUACCAUCAUCUGCAACAUUGAGGAGAAGUCUGGUGACAGAGGUGCAUUGGCUAGAGCUUCAGGCAACUACGCCACCAUCAUCGGUCACUCUGAGGUCGACGGUAAGACUAGAAUCCGUCUUCCAUCCGGUGCUAAGAAGGCUGUCGUCGGUUCAUCCAGAGCUUCAAUUGGUAUUGUCGCUGGUGGUGGUCGUAUUGACAAGCCUCUCCUCAAGGCUGGUGCCGCUCACCACAAGUUCAAGGUCAAGAGAAACUGCUGGCCACGUACUCGUGGUGUUGCCAUGAACCCAGUAGACCACCCUCACGGUGGUGGUAACCACCAACACAUUGGUCACGCCUCUACCAUCGCCAGAGAUGCUCCUUCUGGUCAAAAGGCUGGUCUUAUUGCUGCCAGACGUACCGGUUUGUUACGUGGUACUCAACAAACUCGCGAGGCUUAA